UGCUCUUAUUUAGCCUGCUGGCUGGAGUUGCAGUCGAAGUCAAAGGCAGGAGGGAAACGGAGACGGAGUCGAAGCUGCUGGCAGAGGCACGUAGCAUGGCGAUGCGGCAGCAACGAAUGAUGUUAGAGUUCGCACUGAGGCACAAACAAAUACCAAGGUUAACUUACUGCACCUGCCGCAAUCCCGCCAACAAUGACACGGGCAAUGUGCGCGCCAAUCGCGCCAACUUGCAACAACUGCGCGCGGCAUUCGAUGCCAAGAAUUUCCAGCUGAUUGAGAGUCUCUACCAGCAGCCAGGUGGAGCUGACGGUGGCCCCUUUGUGCGGAUUGUGCUCUUGGAUGUGUUGCGCCAACGCAGCAGCAAGGCGGGUGGCAAGGGAGGCAAAGGUGGAGUGCCACGCGGUGGCAGCAGAGGCGGAGGAGGCGGCAUCUCUGGCGGUGGCAGCAGCGUCACAGGACUCAGUCCGUUGCAGCAGAACGACGAGUGGCUGGGCAGCGUGCUGACGGUGGAAGCCCUGCGGCAAAUUGUGGUCGUGGAUUUGGCAUGCGGCAUGCUAAGUCGUCGUUUCCUGGAAAUGGCUUCAGCCAAGAUGCUCUACAACGAUAAAUAUCACUGGCUAUUGAUUGAGGAUUAUUCGCUGCACGUAAGUGCGGGCGUUGUCGACUCGCAGCCUCAGUUCCCGACGCAGUCGCAGCCUCGCACAGCAGAGCCAGAGCAGCUGCAACUGACGGAUAAGGAUAACGAGGCGAAUACGGAUGAACUCGAGCCCAUUGAGAGCUUAAUGGAGACCCUGAACUUCUACAUGAACACGGAGCUAACGUUGGCCAAGCGAAGCACCCAAGACGACGACGACGACGCUGACAACGACAGCUAUGUUCUCUACGAUGUCUGGAGUCCCGGACUCAUCUAUGGAGGCCAUGUGAACAUCACGGAAAUUGGCAAAUAUAGCUUGAUGCAGGGACUGGAGAUACAUCAAUGGUUUCGCACCACGUCGACGCUGCUGCGGCGUCUCAAUAUGCAGCAUGCCCAAGUGCGUUGCAUGGUCGUGGUGACUAACAAGAACAUGACGGGCACCCUGAUGCAUUAUCUAACGCACACGGUCUCCAGCCACAUCGAUACGAUGAACCGUUUCAAUUUCAAUCUGCUGAUGGUUGUGCGCGACAUGUUCAACUGGACGUUUGUGCUGUCAAGGACCUCCACGUGGGGCUAUGUGAAGAAUGGCCGCUACGACGGCAUGAUUGGCGCACUCAUCCGCAACGAAACAGAUAUUGGUGGAGCACCAAUAUUCUAUUGGCUAGAACGGCACAAGUGGAUCGAUGCUGCCGGUCGCAGUUGGUCGAGCCGGCCGUGUUUCAUCUUCCGGCAUCCGCGGAACACGCAAAAGGAUCGCAUUGUAUUCCUGCAGCCGUUCACAAACGAUGUCUGGGUCUUGAUAUUGGUGUGUGGUGUGCUGACUGUGAUUAUCCUAUGGUUGCUGACGACCAUCGAGUGGAAACUGGUGCCGCAUCAAGGGGCAGCGUUGAUCAAGCCCAAAGGAGGCGCACCGCAACGUCAUCGCCAUCAUCAACAUCAGCAGCAACAACAGCAACAGACUCAGGAAGAACCUUCACCCGACCUCGAUGCCAUGUCAGUUGCCUCGUUGCAGUUGCUGCCGGUGCAGGGCACAUUUUGGCAGCGAUGCUAUGCGAGAUUGAGCAACUACAUUAGCAGGCGUCAGGCGCAGCGAACAUCGCCGGAACGAGUUGGUCUCUUUUUGGAGUCGGUGCUGUUCUUUGUGGGCAUCAUUUGUCAGCAGGGUUUGGGCUUCUCCACCAGCUUCAUUUCGGGUCGCACCAUUGUCAUCACCAGUCUGUUGUUCUCGUUCAGCAUCUAUCAAUUCUACUCGGCCAGCAUUGUGGGCACGCUGCUCAUGGAGAAGCCGAAAACAAUCAAGACACUCAGCGACCUCGUGCACAGUUCACUGCAGGUGGGCGUCGAGGAUAUUGUGUACAAUCGUGACUACUUUUUGCACACCAAAGAUCCGGUUUCCAUGGAACUUUAUGCCAAGAAAAUCACCAGUGUGCCGACAAGCAAAGAGAACGAGGCACCCACCGCUGCCGAGGAGGAACCAGAGCCACCACCUGCCACCGGAGAUGCGGCCAAAGCCUAUCGGGAUAUUGUGCACAGCCAUGAGGUGGGCGCCCAUGCCAAGGACAAUGUGGCGACCAAUUGGAUGGAUCCCGAUACUGGUUUAUUGCGCGUCAAACAUGAACGAUUUGCUUUUCAUGUGGAUGUCGCAGCGGCGUACAAAAUAAUUGCCGAAACUUUCAGUGAGCGCGAGAUAUGCGAUCUCACUGAGGUCAGCAUGUUUGCUCCACAGAAAACCGUUUGCAUCACCCAGAAGAACUCUCCGAUGCGUAAGGUUAUCUCAUAUGGUUUAAGGCGUGUAACAGAGACGGGCAUUUUUUCGUAUCAAUUCAACAUUUGGCACUCAAGAAAACCGCCUUGUGUUAAGAAGAUUGAAACUUCUGAUUUACAUGUUGAUAUGGACACGGUUAGCACUGCUCUCAUGAUACUUUUGUUGAGCUACGGCAUUGCGCUCUUGGUACUGGGCUUUGAGAUCCUUUACUCCAAGUGGAAGUAUCGCAUUGUCAUCAAACUGAAUUAG